AGAGACACGGGGCAGAGACACGGGGACACUGGGAGAGGGACACGGGACAGAGACACAGACACAGAGACACGGGGACACUGGGAGAGGGAUACGGGACAGACACACAGAGACACGGGGAGAGGGACACGGAACAGAGACACACAGACACGGGGACACUGGGAGAGGGAUACGGGACAGGGACACGGGGGGAGAGAGACGGGGAGAGGGACACGCUAGGGGACAGAGACGGGGAGAGGGACACGGGGACAGAGGGACAGACGGGGAGAGGGACAGACGGGGAGAGGGACACGGACAGACGGGGAGAAAGACACGGGAGAGAGAGACACGGGUAGAGAGAGACACAGACAAGACAUCCUAGAGAGAAGAGGAAUAGGCGCGAGGGAGAAACGGGGGGGGGGGGGAUACAAGGAAACAAGGAAACACGGAGACACAAGUAGACAUUGAGACAGGACACAUCGGGUGAGUGAGCAAAGACGCGGGGAGACGGACACAGAGACACAGAGACACGGGGAGACACAGAGACACAGAGACACACAGAGACACGGGGGGUCACGGGGACGACUCGGCUGUAGGCGAUGGAGGAGCCGGCGGGCCCGGGCCCCGAGCCGGGCAAGACGCGCCUGGGCAGCAGGUGGAGCCGGGGACGGCGCAGCAUCGACUCCAACGCCGACUCCGUGGGGACCAACGGCAACUCGUUUGACGACGGCCGCACCCCGGACGCGACGCCAGGCUGCGUCGCCGAACCUGAGCCCCGGCAAGAGCCGGAGCCCGAACCGGAGCCGCAGCCGGAGCCGGGACAGAGGAUGAGGCGGCAGCAGUCCCGCUCCAAGUCUGCGAGUAAGCUGCUGCGGGAGUCCGGGGAGAAAGUUCACUCCUCCACGACGAUCCGGAAGAAGUACAACGCCCAGUUCCACCGCCUCUUCCAGGAGGUGACGGCAGACGAACCACUCAGCGACACAUUCUCGUGCGCGCUGCAGAAAGACAUGCUCUUCCACGGCCGUCUCUUCAUCUCGGCACGCUGGGUCUGCUUCUACGCAAACUUCUUCGGCCGCGACAUCAAGGUGGUGAUCCCCGUCGACUCGGUGAAGUCGGUGAAGAAGCACAAGACGGCCAUGCUGGUGCCCAACGGGCUCUGUGUCACCACUCACCACGGGCAGAAGUUCCUGUUCGUGUCGCUCAUGUCACGUGACGCCACUCACCGAGCCCUCGCCUCCGUCUGCAAGCUCCUGGUGGGGUCCGGCACGCACGGCGGGUUGAGCCGCGUGUCUCCGGAGAGCGAGAGAGUGUUUUCUCACCCCGAGAGACCAACCUCACUCGCACUGCAGGUCGUGCUGGCCGGUGGGGACGAGGUGGACGGUCUGGCCGAGUGGGUGGAGACUCCGGGCUCCAUCACUCCGCGCACCACCAACUCCAGCGACAGCGAGAACGCUCAGGCCAGCACCACGCGCCCGGCCUCCGGCAGCAGCAGCGAGCGGCUGGUGGACGUGCACCGUGGGGUGGAUGAGGUGGGGGAGGGUGACUCCAGCCCCCGACGACGCCUCAAGUCGAGCUUCCACGGAGGCUCUGUGCGCGCGCGUCUGACGCGGUGGUCCCGGCGCAUGCAUGCGGGAGAAUCCACGCUCAUGCACAACGUGCUGCUCGUGUACACACUCCUGGUGGUCGUCCUCUUCCUCCUGUCGUGUUUCCUGGCGUACAAGCUCGUUUGUCUGGAGGAACGCCUGCUUGCCUCCGGGCUGAAUGUGCCGGAGAGCUCAAACCCCAAGUGGGAUGUGGGGGUGGGAGUGGGGGGUGGGGGGGACAAAGGAGACGGAGGAGGAGGCGGCGGAGCUGCUGAUGGCGGCGCUGACGGUGGCGCUGCUGACGGUGGCGCUGACGGUGGCGCGGGUGCCGAAGGGCCUCACGUUGGCGGCAGCGCCGACUUCGACUUCCUCCGAGAAGUCUCGACCAACAUGGCGAGGCUGAACAGCAUCCAUGCUUCGCUGAAGUUUCUACUCCAGGAGAUCGAGGAAUCUGAGCAUUUGGCAUCGUGAGAAGAGCGGAGGUCGGGGGGUCACCGUGGGGGGGGGGGGGCACGACUAUCUCCCCCCUCUGGCCCUCCGUGCGUGCUUGAACAUUGCCUUUGAGGAGUGGUGGCGGCGCAGCGCUUCACGCACCGCGCAUCGAGUUCAAUUCCCCCCGUGCCCUGCCGUCAGUGGCGCGCGGUAUCUGAACCCAUCUUGUGCCUCUCCCCUAGGUCUACUCGGCCUCGAGCGAGCUCCACCCCGCGGCGCGUUAAAACGUCGCCACUUGGUGGCGACAAAAGGUGGCCGGGCGGACGUAGCCAUCGCCACGUCCACCCGGCCGCCUCACGCCGUCUUUGAUAGGUUCUCGCGAACAGCACUUUUACCCCCCAGUGGUCUGUGUGGACCACACAGUGGUGAGGGGGGACCCUAGUCCGUGUUGUGUGUGUCUGCGGUGAGCGGUGAGCACCUUCCUACUUCAGCGUGUUUACAGCUCGUGCCCUGGUGCUCUGGCCACACCAGGAGCCGGGCCGUGGGUUAAGUUAUUGUCGCGUGUGUGUGUGCGGUGGUGGUGGUGGUGCUACCUGGUUAGUGCUGCCCGGUGGUUGGUGGUGGUUUGUGGUGAUCGGCAGCGGUGGCUUGCGGUGCGGGUGAUUUAGUUGCCGGUGGAGCGGUGUGCGUUGCGGUUGCUGUGUGGUACGGCGAGAGGGUGGCAGCCACCACCCAGCCCAACCCCCCGAACCUCGCUCUGGCACCGCUACCAUGUCGGGUGGAGAGCGAGCGAGGGACCAACGUUGUAGCGACGGGUGACUCGGUGAGUGACCCAGUCAGUGGGUGACUCGGUCAACGAAUAACUUUGUAAUUGAGUGGCCAAGGGGGUGAGUGACCAAGGGAGUGAGUCGUUCAUUGAGUGAGUGACUUAAAAGAGAGACCCAGGGAGAGAGGGGACCUAUACAUGGACCAAUUUAAGCACUGAGUACUGCACGAGAGUGUGGUGAGUAUGGUACAAGAGUCCCUGUCUUGCGCAUGCAUCCACAUGGCAAGUGUUACAUUGUACCCCAGUGGUGAGUGUAGUGAGUGUGGUUUGGUGUAUAACCCAUGUAGCGGAUGUGGUGAGUGUGUGCCCGUGCGGUGUGUUACCAGUGUAGUAAGUCUGGUGAGUGUACCCAUGUGGUGAGUGUGUUGAAUAUACCCGUGUGGUGACUGCAAGUGUGGUGAGUGUGGCGAGUGUACCCAUGUGGUGACAACUCAUGUGUUGAGUGUCCCCGUGUGGUGAGUACCGGUUUGGUGAGUGUGGUGAGUGUACUCGUGUGGUGAUCGAGUUGUGUCUGUGAACCAAAGCCGAGCGCCCGUCUCUCCCCCGAGUCCUGUGAGGACGCUUCCUGUACAAAAAAAGGUUUUUAGCCAUUUCUGUGAAGUGGUGACUUGCAAUUGUGUUGUUUAAAUAAAGGUUUUGGUCGAUAAAAGGGCUCUUAUAAGCAAGACAACAGUGUCGCCACCUUUGUUCAUCGGCAUCAUCAGCAUCAUCGGCAUCAUUGGCAAGCGGCAGCGACGAUCAAUCCACUGCAGGACGAAGGCUUCCCCAAUUCGUCGCCUGCUAAUCGCCAUCCUGCGACCAAAACCAUCCAGCCAGCGCCAGCGCGCAAGCCGAUUCCGUCACUGCCAUCUCGAGCGGGGCGUUGCUCUCGCGCCUUUGCCUGCAAUUCCAUCACCAGUCUCGACCGCCGGCCGUCGUCAGAGGAGGAGGUGGGCAGGGGGACAACAAGAUGGUCUCCGUUAGGAUGAACGCGCCACCCGUCGCACCUCACCCGCGAUUGGCUGGCCAGCAAACAAAAGGCGGUCGCCGCAUCGCGCGCUUUCGGAUGUGCUUUCUGCGGCCGUCUGGAAUGCUCUUCCACUGGGAGCGAUGCACUUUCACAUUAACUUGAAUGAAAAACUAAUUUGUUCAGAGCUGCCUUUUGUGGUUUAGUUGGUUGUCCUUCCCAUGCACCGCUCGAUGAGUGCGGUUGGCUACGUACGGUGCGAAAGAAGUUCAACGUAACUGGUACAAAUCCAUCUCUGCGCACACCUUCCACAUCCUGGACAGUGGCAGGAACUCGACGGCAAUUUAUAUUUCAAAACGAACGGAUGGGCUUCCAGCAGCACGUUAACAGUCGCUUACACGCAGGAUUCGCGACCAACGUGUGUCGGUACUCGUCAUCACGAUCCAUGGGCAGGUCGCCCCGUAGGUGUCGACUACACACGAAGUCAUUCGUGUGUCCUGUGCCGACAAUUCUCAAGUCGUUGCCACAUCUUUCUGGCACCAAUCUCUCUUGACGCCCUCAACCCAGUCUCUGUUCGGUCUCCAUCUCCGUUUCCUUCCAUUAUUUUUCCCCACACGCUCUUAAUUGUACUGUUGUCCAUCCUACACGUGUGUCCGAAUUCGUGCCAGUUUCCUUCUCGUCACUGCCUGCAUCACCACCAUCGUCGUCACGUGGUCUUCCACGUGCGACAUUUUCUUCUUGUCCGUUGGUCACUCUUUGUGUCCAGCUUUGAUGCAGGAUCCUUCCGUUGGCAAAUACAUUUCGAGUGCCAACAUAUCUUAGGGGCCGUUCAUAAAUG